GCCAGCGAAAAUGGUUUGCAGGGUUACAAUCUUGCUCCUGCUCACGGCGCAAACUGUUAACGCGUUCACAUUCUCGUCCUCAAGCCUGGGGUUGCUAUCGAAGUCGGCAUGUUUGGGGGAGGUCGCGGUCUCACCCCGCUCAUCCCGGGGCUCAAUCCUCAGUACCAAGAUGCAGCAGAUUCGCGGCACAUGUCCCAUCUGCAAUCAGCCUGUCACGACGGCUCAGCCUCGCGAGCUCGACGAGAACGGCAAAUACUGCCAUUCUGCAUGUGUGCAGGAGAAACUGAGCGCUCAGGGUUUGACGCAGAUCAGCGCUGCUGAGCUUGAGGAGCUGAAGGCCCUUGCGGAGGGUCGCCCUGCGCCGAGCAAGACUGCGCAACGAAAGCAGACUGGAGGAUCGAAUCCCUUCUCCUUCAUCGGCAACAUGUUCGGAUCGUCCGCUCCAUCUGGACCGGAAAUGCCCGAUCUCCCCACCUCCGCCAGCAGCCCCCCGUCCAUGCUUGAUAGGAUGCAGCAGUCGACUCAGGCGCCGCCUACCCAGCAGAAAGUGCAGGGCGACAAUUGGGAGAUGGCGUAUGAUCCAGCAUCGGGAGCUCCGUACUGGUACAAGGUAUCGACAGGCGAGUCGACCUGGGAAAACCCAUUUGCCAACGCCCCAGCUGCUAGGCCGACUGCUAAGCCAGCUGCCCAGCAGCCAGCAACGAGGUCCGCUGCUUCUGUGCAGCUCCCACAGGGGCAGAGGAUCCAGCCACAGGCGGGAAUGCCUAUCCCGUCCUACUGGCAGGAGGGCAAUGAGUACUUGUUGAACAAGAACAACGUGUUUGAGAUGGGAGAGAUCGUCGCCAUCCUUCGCUCCGAUGGUGAGAUUCGCUUCGGAUACAUCGUCAACGUGAACGCAAAGAAAGACAUCUCGGGCAAAGUGGUUGCCACCACCACGUACGACGUUCAGGUGGACAAGAGCGGCUCCUUCUAUCAGGGAAGAUACGCGGAUUCCAUUUACAAGAUUACGUAUGACGUCCGCUCUGUUGGAAUCGUGCUGGAGACGCAGUCCAACACCGGCUGGAUCUGAGCUGCCAUGCUUAUCAAGAGGCCUGCAGGACAAACCUAAUCUACAGGUAGAGCUUAGUGGGUAGAGCUUAGUGGCUU